AUGCUUACUGAUUUGCACUGGCCUACGCUGUACUGAGUCAUACCCUACCAGCAGAGGCCCUUCGAUCUUCCUCUUCCCGACUUAUCUAGGAAAAUCGAAGGGCCUCUGCUCGCAGGGUACUGCAGUUAAGGCGCAGGAUAUGCAAUCUCGGCAUGUUUUAUAAGAUUCAUAGAGGUCAAGUCAACAUCUCCCUUCCCUACGACCUUACCUCCGUGCCUGCUUAUGGCCGUACAAGGGCGAGUCACGACUUUAACAUCAAGCUACCAUCCUCUUCAGUCGACGCUUACAAACACUCUUUCUAUAUGAGAUCAAUCCCUGCGUGGAACGCGUUAUCAUUAGUCUGCUACAUAGCCGUUAGCGUUGCGUGACGACACUGAAAACGGCUGUGUAGCAGACUACGUUAUCAUCGGAUGUUGUUAGUUAGGCAUCUUACCCAGAAUUUAUCCGAAGAGUGUCCACUAGUUUAACAUAUUAA